GGAGCGGAGCCCGCGGCUCCGGAGGAUGCGGCCGCGGCCCCCGCGAGGCCCGCAGGUCCGCGGUGCGGUAGAGACCCCCCGCGCGUCGGGCGCCCGGCCGCCAUGGCGGAGAAGCGGCCGCUGGGGACGCUGGGGCCGGUGAUCUACGGGAAGCUGCCCCGGCUGGACGCGGACCCGGGCCCGGGACACGGCCUGCCCCUCUCCGUCGGCAGCCCCGACCCCUGCGGCUACAAGGGCGCCUACUUCUCCUGCCCCGUGGGGGGCCCGCCCAAGGCCGAGCCGCUGGCGCCGUGGGCCCCGUACCCGCCCCUGUACCCCGCCAGCGUGGUCAGGUCCCCACUCCGCACCGACGGCCUGCUGACCAACUGCCUGCUCUACCGCCCGCCCGCGGAAGGUUCCGGAAAAGUGCCGGCCCCCGCCGAGCUCCUGCCCUUCGCCCCCCAGGCUCACCUGUACCCGGCGCCCCCGCUGGCGGCGCCCAAGCCCGUCUACCGGAGCCCCCUGUGCUACGGGCUCCCCGCGGGCCUGGAGGAGGGGGCGGCCAAGAGGCCCCUGGACGCCGCGGACUGGGCCUCGGUCCCCGGCCCCCCGCUGCCCCCGGCCGACCCGCCCUGCCCCCCGCUGGCCCCCGCCAAGGCGCAGGCCCUGGACGGCACCUUCCUGCGGGGCGCGCCCGUCGGGGGACCCGGCAAAGACGCCCCGGCCGGUUUCUCCCUGUGCCAGGCCUUCCUGGAGAAGUACCGCCCGCUGCAGCCCCCCGCCGCCGGCUUCCUGCCCGCCCAGGCGGCGGGCCCCCCCUACGGGGACCCCAAGCAGGCCCUGGCCGAGGGCCCUCCCGGCCCCUGGACUCGCCUGACCCAGCCCCUGGGGCCGCCCUGCCCCGAGGCCCUGCCCGCCCACUACGCGCUGCCCCCGCCCUGCCCGCCCGCCUGCCGCCACCCCGACACGCCCGACGGCUGCAGCCCGGUGCUGGCCCUGCCGCCCCUGGGGGCGCACAAGGGCGCCGGGUACCCCGCCGGGGCUCUGGGCGGCCCCUACCUGAGGCAGCCGGCGGGGCUGGCCCCCUGCGUGCCCCCCGCGGGGCUGGACGCCUACGCCUACCCCUCCGCCCCCCUCCCGCCCCGCUCGCCGGGCCUCAAGCUGGAGCCUCCGCUCGCGCCGCGGUGCCCGCUGGACUUCGCCCCGCAGACGCUGGGGUUCCCCUACGCCCGGGACGACCUGUCUCUCUACGGCGCGUCCCCCGGGCUGGGGAGCACCCCGCCUUCCCAGAGCGGCCCGCCGCCCGUCCCGCAGCCCGGCGCCCUCCCGCGCACGCGCCAGGCCCGGCCGGCCGGCCAGCCCCGCGCGGAGCCCGAGACGCCGGCGGACGAGCCCGCCCGGGGCGCCGGGAACGAGCCCCCCGGGGUGCCCAUCGUCAUCCCCGACAGCCCGGGACCCCGCGCCUCGCCGGCCCUGCGCCCCUGCGCCCGGGACCGCCCGCCGCCCCCCGGCUCCCCGCCCAUGCCCGUCAUUGACAACGUCUUCAGCCUGGCACCCUACCGGGACUACCUGAGCGGGCGGGCGCCCGAGGCCCCCGCCGCCGGGGACGGCCGAGAGGCGGGGCGGGGGACCCCACCUGCCCGGCCGGGGCCCCCCGGGGCUCCCCGCCCCGCGCGGGAAGAGGUGGCCUUGGACCUGAGCGUGAAGAGGCCCGCGGGCGAGGAGGCUGCCCCGGGCCCCGAGCGGCGGAGCCCACCGGCCGCGCCGCCCCGGCUCCCGGCCGCGGAAACGCCGUCCGCGGACGCGCCCGCGCCCCCGGGGGCCCCCGAAGAGCCCCCCAGGACCAACUUCCACAGCUCGGUGGCUUUCAUGUUCCGCAAGUUCAAGAUCCUCCGCCCCGCGGCCGCGGGGCCCACGCCGCCGGCCACGCCCCCCGCCGCGGCCACGCCCACGAGCGCGGCCACGCCCCCCGCCGCGGCCACGCCCCCCGCCGCCGCGCCCGGCGCGCUGCAGAUCCUCGCGCAGCCCCUGCCCGUGGCCUGCUUCAGCCUGGCCCUGCCCGGCCCGCCCGCCCCGGGGCCGGCCCCCCGCGCCGCCCCGGCCCCCCGCCCGCCGCGCCCGGCCCCCGCCGCCGGCGGCGUCUCCCCGGAGCAGCACUUCACCGGGCUGCACGCGUCCCUGUGCGACGCCAUCUCGGGCUCCGUGGCGCGCUCCCCGCCCGAGAAGCUGCGCGAGUGGCUGGCGUCGGCGGGGCCGUGGGGCCGGGCGGCGUGGCAGGAGGGCCAGGGCGUGCAGGGGCUGCUGGGGCGGCUGCUGUCGCAGCUGCAGCGGUUCCUGUACACGCAGCAGUGCCCGUUCCCGCACGUGGUGCGCGCCGGCGCCAUCUUCGUGCCCAUCCACCUGGUGAAGGAGCGGCUGUUCCCGCGGCUGCCGCCGGCCUCGGUGGACCACGUGCUGCAGGAGCACCGCGUGGAGCUGCGGCCCACCACGCUGUCGGAGGAGCGCGUGCUGCGGGAGCGGGCCCCGCACGGCUGCACCUCCCGCAUGCUCAAGCUGCUGGCGCUGCGCCAGCUCCCCGACAUCUACCCGGACCUGCUGGGCCUCCAGUGGCACGACUGCGUGCGGCGCCAGCUGGGUGACCUGGAGGUGGAGCCCCGCGCCGCGUCCCCCGCCCAGCCCGCUCUGCCCCGAGAAGACGGAGACGGCCCGCCCCCCGCGCAGGCGCAGAAGGCGCCGGCCCCCAAGGUCCGGAAGCCGGGGAGAAAGCCCCCCACCCCGGGCCCCGAGAGCGAGGAGGGCCCCUCUCCCGGCCCGCCGGGCCCCGCGCUGCGGGCCCGCUUCCGAAGCCUCCUGGAAACCGCCUGGCUCAACGGCGCCGCCCUGCCCACCUGGGGCCACCGGGCCCCGCCGCCCCACCCCGGCCAGCGCCCGGAGCCUGCGCCCGGCCGCCUGGAGCCGGGAACGGACGCGGGGCCGGGACCACCGAGAGCCCCCCACCGUGGACUCUGA